AUAAAUAAAGCAACUGGUCUAAUCAUAUGUGGGAAAACUUCCGCCAGCUGACAGCACAGCAAUAGCCUACAUCUAAGGCUACAUCUAUGCACGGUGAUGUGGAACCCCAGCUUGUAAAAGCAGACAAAAAGAUUUCUGACCUGAAAGAGGACAUUCGACAGCUCUCUGGUGAGCUUAACAACAAAUCAUCCAUGCUGACCGUCCUCCAGGAGGUGGCUCAUGAACAGUCGCUCCAGAUUGCCUCACUCACGGCGGCCCUUCAGGACACGGUGCACUUGGAUCCCAGCGCUUGGCCUCCACUGUCCUCCAGCUCAACACAGAGUCACCGGUGGUCCUGGGUGGAGGUGGUCGGCAGGGGUAAGAGAGCCCCUGGCUGUGCUGCCUCACCUCCGCGCCUCAGCCUGUCAAACCGCUACAGCGCCUUGGCAUCGGACGGAGAUCCAGACGCUGGCACUGCAGACAAUGCCGCUGCAGCUGCUUCGCCACCGACCGGUGCUGCUCCAGCCGCUCCACACUUGGAGGAGUCGGCCUCGGCGUCUAACGGUGCUGUGGCUCCCUCUCCGCCGGCCGGUGGUACUCCUGCGGCGCCCUGCAUGGAUGGAUCCGCGUCUUCCUCGCUGGCACCUGUUGUGGACCGGAGUGCCGCAGCUGCAGGACCCAACCAUCGACUCCCAUGCCGGGCAUCAGCUUCCGCGACUCGUCGGAGGCCCCUAAAGGGGGCUGUAUGAAAAUGCUCCGGGGGACUCCUCUCCCCCGGUCACGCAGCAUGGACCAUCCACCUGCCUCAUGUGAGUCCCCCAAUCCCCAUCCUGUUCCUCUUCGUCCUCUUUUCCCUCCUUCCACCGUGUUGUUUGGAGACAGCAUCAUCAGGAAUAUUCGUUUUUUCAAUGCCACAACUCACUGCUUUCCUGGAGCCACAGUCCCGGUCAUCCUUGACAAACUUCGAGAACUGCUUCAUUCACUCCCUUCAUCCAUAAACUGGCUUAUUUUUCAUUUGGGCUCAAACGACACGGCCCGCCGGCAAUCAGAGCUGACAAAAAUGGAUUUUGUUGCUCUUUUUAACCUUUUAAAAAACUUUGGUAAGACGGUUUUUAUCAGCGGUCCCCUGCCAACACUGUCCCGCGGGGCAGAACGUUUCAUCCAUGCUGACCGUCUCAGCCGGCUCCUCUCCGGCUUCAGCCGGCUCCUCUCCCUCAAUACAUGGGUCCAGGCUGCCUGUAGCACUUAUGGAUUCACUUUUAUUGGCAAUUUUAACUUA